UGCACAGAAGUCAGAAGAUAUCAAUGAGCAUUUCAUUGACUUACAUCUCCUUGAUCUAGAGGACACAAAACUCUCUGCAGUCAAGCUAUAAGAAUUGAUAUAUUUGAGCUAAGAUGACACAACACAUGGCUGCCUCAUCCUCCUCCUCCACCUCUUCUUUCAGCAAUGGGUGGGUUUACCAUGUUUUCUUGAGCUUUAGGGGAGAAGAUACACGUGAGACUUUUACUGGCAACCUUUACAGUGCCCUUGAUCAAAGGGGAAUCAACACUUUCAUAGAUGAUGAGGAGCUGAGGAUUGGGGAAGAGAUUUCACCAUCUCUUCUCAAUGCAAUAGAAGAGUCUAGGAUCGCCAUCAUCAUAUUCUCCAAAAACUAUGCCUCGUCCACUUGGUGCCUGGACGAACUUGUCAAGAUUCUUGAGUGUAAGAAACACAAGGGACAGGGGGUUUGCUCAAUUUUCUAUAAUGUGGAUCCAUCAGAUGUGCGGCAUCAGAGAGGGAGUUAUGAAGAAGCAUUUGUUAUGCUUGAAGAAAAAUUCAAAGACAACAAGGAGAAGGUGCAAAAGUGGAGGUCAGCUUUGUCUGAAGCAGCCAACCUGUCCGGCUGGCAUUUCAAUAGAGGGUACGAGUAUAAAUUUAUCCAAAGAAUCGUUGAUGAGGUGUCAAGGAAAUUGAAUUGCAUCCCUCUAAAUGUUGCUAGACACCCUGUUGGACUCCGAGCUCGUGUAUCGGAUGUUAACUCACUCUUAGAACUUGGUUGCUAUGAUGUUAGAAUGGUAGGGAUUUAUGGCAUUGGCGGAAUUGGUAAAACAACCAUUGCUAAAGCUGUGUACAACACAGUAUGUGAUCAAUUUCAAUAUGCCAGUUUUCUUGCAAAUGUCAGAGAAAAUGCAAGCCAUAGAACUGGCUUAGUCAAACUCCAAGAGCGGCUUCUGUUCGAGAUACUUGGUGAUAAAACAAUAAAGUUGGGCAAUGCUGACAGAGGAAUCAAUAUAAUAAAAGAUAGGCUAUGCAGAAAAAGAGUUCUAUUGGUUAUUGAUAAUGUGGAUGAUGUGGACCAACUAGAAGCAUUAGCAGGAGGAUUUGAUUGGUUUGGUCCUGGAAGCAGGAUUAUCAUAACUACAAGAGAUAAACAUCUUCUAACUGCACAUCAAGUUGAUUUGACUUAUGAGGUUAAAAAGUUAAAUCAUGUUGAAGCUCUUCAACUAUUUAGUUGGAAUGCUUUUAAACGAAGUGAGCCUGAUGUAAGUUAUCUUGAAAUCUCAAAUCGUGCAGUGUGUUAUGCAGAAGGUCUUCCAUUGGCUUUAACAAUACUAGGUUCUGAUCUGUGUGGUAGAAGCAUUCAUCAAUGGGAAUCUGCAUUGGACAAAUACAAGAGAACUCCUAAUAGGAAAGUUCAGGAUAUACUGAGAAUAAGCUUCGAUGGGUUAGAGGAAAAUGAAAAGGAAAUUUUCCUCUAUAUUGCAUGUUUCUUCAAAGGAGAGAUAAUGGAAUACGCGGUAAAAGCAUUACGCGCUUGCAAUCUUCACCCAGCUAUUGGUAUUGCUGUGCUUGUUGAUAAGUCUCUCAUAACUAUGGAUGAAAUAUAUGUAUUGUCGAUGCAUGAUCUUAUACAAGAUAUGGGUAAGGAAAUUGUUAGGCAAGAAUCACCAUUAGAUCCAGGAAAACGCAGCAGGCUUUGGUAUUAUGAGGAUGUGCUUCAAGUACUGACCGAAGGAACGGGAACUGAUAAGAUUCAAGGUAUAAUGCUGAAUCUACCUGAAAAGCAAGAGGUGCAGCUAGAAUCUCAAGUCCUAAAGAAGAUGAAAAACCUUAGAAUGCUAAUAGUUCGCAACGCUGAAUUUUUCGGAGGUCUUGUAGAUCUACCAAGCAAUCUAAGGCUGCUUGACUGGGAGGAAUACCCUUCUCCAAGUUUCCCAUCUGAGAUACUUCCAGAGAAAAUUGUAAUGCUAGAGCUGCGGCGCGGUCAUCUAACUUUGGACAUGCCAUUCAAGAAAUAUGCAAAUCUGACUUCUAUGAAUUUUAGCUCUUGUGAAUUGCUGACAAAAAUACCUGAUGUUUCUGGGAUCCCAAAUUUAGAGCAAUUGAUUCUUGAAGAUUGUAAAGGUUUACUUGAAAUCCAUGAAUCCCUUGGAUCACUUGAUAAACUAGUUUAUUUAGGUGUUGAAAGGUGCACUGAGCUAAAGAAUUUACCGAGCAAUCUCAAGUUGCCAUCUUUAGGAUGCAUUGUUCUUAAUGGGUGCACUCAACUUGAGAAGUUCCCAAAUUUGUUGGGAAAAAUGGAAAAUCUGAAAAUGAUCGAGGCGGAAGAGACAGCUAUACAAGAAUUGCCUUCUAAUGUGGUCAAUUUUAUCAGCCUUGAGGUUUUAACACUAAAGCGUUGCUCAAAUCUUAAGGAACUUCCUAGAACCAUUGAUAUGUUGCCAAAUCUUCAGUUACUUGAUAUUUCUGGCUGUCCCCAACUUCAACUGUUUCCAGAGAAAAUCAGUUGUUUCAGCACCCAAAACUACUCAACCAUGCUUCCAGAGUCUGAUGAAAGUUCAUCAAACGUAGUCUCUCCAGGUAUCCAAUCCUCAUAUCGGUUCCCUUUAAUGGAAAACCUUGAUCUCAGUGACUGCAAUCUCUCAGAUGGAGAUCUACAUAACCUUAGUUGCUUUUCCCACCUCAUAUCAUUAGACAUAUCAAGAAAUCAUUUUGUAGCCCUACCCGAAUGCUUCAACGGACUUGGUAGCUUGGAGGAGCUUUACAUGGCCAAUUGCAGGAAUUUUCGACAAAUUUCAGGGAUUCCACCUAACUUGGAACUUAUAGAUGCUACUAGUUGCACACUGUUGAAUUCACAAUCCUUGAACCUGCUAUUAAGCCAGGGAUUCCAUAAGGAAUCGAAAUUCGAAGUUAUAGCACCAAGGCCAAAGAUACCAAUUCCAUUAAACUACCUCAGCAAAGGAGGAUCCAUGUCAUUCUGGAUUGGCCAGAAGUUCCCUAGAAUUGCUCUAUGUUUCAUUUUUGGACUUGGAAAUAAAACAACUGGAUUUAUCACCUGUGAAGUCCAGCUUUCUAUUAAUGGUCAGAGAGCAUCUAGUAGAGAACAGCACUUCCUUUCAGUUUCCGGUGAUCUUGCAUGGCUGUAUCAUCAAGAAGAUUUGAUGGAUUUAAAUACACAUUUACUGCAAGAACAGAAUUAUGUGGAAGUUUCUUGUGAAAUUAUAGAUGCGAGUAGAGCUUCAGAAGUGACAAUAUACUGUUGUGGAGUUCAUGAGUAUAAGGAAGAUGAGGAAGUGGAGAAACCAAAGUUGAUAUUGUGCAAAAGUUAUAAUAACAAUGAAUGUCAUUAUGGUAAUAACUUGGGAACUUAUUUCUGCACACUGCCUGAGAAUUUUAGGCUUCAUGAAAUAUCAGACGAGCAGGUGCAACAGCUUUCGGCUGCAAUCAUGCCAGAAAUGCUUGAAGGUAAUGAUUCUAUGGCUCAAAAGGGAAAGACUACGAAUAUUGUGCUGGCUGAUACAAUACAUCAAGGCAAGGAGAUUUCUUCAUUGAAUUUACAGCUACAUGAUGAUAGAACUCAGGAUCCGAUGCUCUUAGAGUUUCAAUUGAACCACAUGAAUGAGAAUCAACUUCUUCAUAAUGAUACAUCUGAAAAUAAAGAAGUUGGGCCUACAAUGGAGGCUCUAGUUUCUCCGACCAAAGCUGGAUCAAAAGCCUAUGAAAAUGAUGUUCCGAAGGAGGUGUCAGAAUCUCUUGAGAAGAUGAGAAUGAAACCAGAUGAUGUUCAUGUGGAGUCACAAGCAAGACAUGAGGCACCAGUUAGUGCUGCAAAGCUAGUUAAUCAAAUGGGAGAUCAACAUGUUGAUAGAAGAAGCUUCCCUCAACUAAUCAAUCCCCAAUCCUAUGUUGACCUCUCAGAAAACUCUUGCUCUUUGAGCAACGAGCAUGUAGUGAUUCAAAUGGAACACAACACGUGUCAGUUUAAUGACAAUAUGGAAGCAUUUUAUGCUGCCCUCCAUGCUGAGACCUAUGCUCCUCCAUCACCUUUAUCAUUAAGAGACACUAGAGAUGAUUCAGAGUUGGCUUAUCCUCAAAUGAGUGAAGAAUCCAAGAAAGCCUUGGAAAUCCUGAAAGAACUCCUCUCCAAACAAUUUUGUUAUCUUCUGGACUCAACAUCAUCCACAUCCAUGAAAACUACCUUAGAAUAUCUUUGCACUUUGUUUGCAGAUGAUGAUGAGGUCUCUCUGAGUUUAAAGUCUCUAAUACUACAACUUUCAGCUGAACUUCCCCAGUGGAGUUGGGUCUACACUGAUGCAAGCAUGAAACUUGAGUCCUCAAGUUCUGGUCUAUUAAGGCUAGAUACAGUAGAAGAGGGUCUUGUAACCAACAAGAACCAGUUUAGUGAAUUUGUGUCUAUAGAAAAAGAGCUGUGCAGCCAGUUGGCUGAUUUGGAACAGAGAAAGAAAGAGCUAGAAGAGAAAAUUAAUGCCAUUAAAGCAAACAUCUCCAUGUCUGCAGUGGCUAGGGACUCUGCUCUUAGAAAGAAAAGUGAAACCUAUGUGGAAGGAAGAGUGUUGAAAGCUCAAAGAGAUGAGUUGAGGAAGCGAAAGCCGACCUUAAUAGCAGAGAAAGAAUCAGCAAAAGCUAUCAAAGCAAGCAUUGAGGAUGAGUGGUCAAAGAUUAGAGAGAAAUUUGAUAGAAUCUUGAAUACUUUUGGGUUAGAUUAUUGAAUUAGGUACUGCCAUUUGAUCAUACAAGUAUAGGAAAUUUUGGUAAGUUAUAGAAGAACUAUUCUAUUCCAUAGACUAAUCUAUUUAAUUUUUUCUUCA